GAAGAGUGGUCGAGAGGAGCAAAGCGGGCAAAAGCGAUUAGGGGGCGGCGAGAGAAGACUCGUCGUAGCCGUGUCGAUCGACAGUAGCGUGAAGUCAGUCCGAGAGAAUGACUCGUCGCGCGCGUUUCAACGUCUCGUGGUUGGCCGUGGUGCUGGCCCUGAUCGUGCCCUUCGCCGCGGCCCUUUCAAAGCAUGAUCUCUAUCCGUACUCGACACCCGGCUCCUCGAUCCUGCAGUCGGACGUGAACGGAUUGCUCGUGUCCGCCGAAACGAUCCUGAAGACCCCCAUCGCAUUCUACGACAGAGUCUACAAUUCCAUAUUCGUGAACGGAAAUGGCGUACUCUCGUUCGCCAGAGCAAUGCCAAGGUUCUUCAACAUUCCGUUUCCCUUGGACGACCCUGUGAUCGCACCUCUUUACACGCAUGUGGAUACCAAAACAUCAGGACGAGUGUACUAUGGUGAAACGGACGCACCGGAAGUGCUGGGUAGAGCCGGCGGAAUGGUUCGCAGCGCCUUCUCGGACGCUGCUGAUUUUAUGCCGACUCAUGUGUUCCUCGCUACAUGGGUGGAUGUGGGAUACUAUGAUGGAAAGAGUGAUAAGGUGAACACGUAUCAAGUAGCCAUCUCCUCAAAUGGCACGCAUUCCUACGCCGAGCUGUUGUACCCGGAAAACGGCAUACAAUGGAUUCAAGGUGAAUCGCACCCUAGUGGUCUACCUGACGCGAAGGCUCAAGCAGGAUUAAUGAGCGAAGGAAGAAUGUACACGCUGAAGGGUUCCGGGACGGAUCAGAUUCAGAAUGUCGACAAGUGGUCGAACGUGAACAGACCGGGUCAGUGGAUGUUUUACAUUGGACCAACGUCCGAUGAUGAGGAUGUGAGGACCCCUGACAAUAUUGAAGACACCAGCGCAACGAAUCAGAUAACCGAUUGCAGAACCGGGGCAACGAUGUGCCACAGCAAAGCGACCUGCACCGACUACGAGGCUGGUUUCUGCUGCCACUGCAAGCAAGGAUAUUUCGGCAACGGCAAAUCCUGUCAACCGAACGAUGUUCCACUGCGAGUGAACGGACGCGUUUCUGGGAUCAUCAACGGCGUGGAAUUUCCGGCUAGGGACCUCCAGUGUUACGUUCAGACGAAAGACGGAAGAACGUACACGGCUUUGUCGAGGGUGCCCGACGAAAUUGGAGCUAGUUUUCAGCUGCUGGGGAACCUCGGUGGCGUGAUCGGCUGGCUGUUCGCGAAACCGGUUAGCGACACGAAGAACGGGUACGAACUCACGGGGGGUAUGUUCAACCACACCGCGGAGUUAACGUUCGCCUCAACCGGCGACAAAGUGACGAUACGAAGCAAUUACCUCGGCCUGGACGUCUUCGGACAACUAAAGAUGGAGGCGGAGAUCAAAGGUACUUUGCCCAGGUUGUCGAGGGACACCAAGGUCGACUACGGCGACUACGACGAACUUUAUACCAGAGCGCAGCCCGGAGUAAUCCGUGCACAGAGCGAGAGAACUUGCAAGGUGAAAGAGGCGGGCGUGGACCGGGAACUGACUUUCAUGCAAGAUCAGACGAUCCUCUACAACGAGUGUCCGUACCUGACCGUCGAGCCUGAAGAUGACACGAACAGAUUGAAAUUCUUCAGAGGCGUCACCACGUACGAAGCCACUGAAGGAAUCGUGCGUUUCGCGGUCAACACGAAAGUAGCGCCCUUGGAAGAAGAGGACCCUUGCAUUCAGGGGAGGGAGACUUGCAGCGAGCACAGCUCGUGCGUUGUCGAGGGAGACAACUUCAAAUGUGUCUGCAAUCCUGGAUAUCAGUACCUGUACGAAGAGAACGGUAGCGCAGUCUGCGUGGACGUGAACGAGUGCAGCGCCGGCAACCACAUGUGCUCUCCCGAUGCACAGUGCAUCAAUCAAGAAGGCAGCCACACGUGCGAAUGCAGACCUGGUUUCUCUGGCGACGGUCGAGUCUGCGAGAGACUACCCUCUUGCGAGGAUACACGUUGCGGCCAUUACGAGAUAUGCGUGAUGAUAGACGAAGUGCCCGAUUGCGUUUGCAUGCCGGGUUACGAGGACACCGAGGAGGGAUGUUACCCCGUGCAACGCGGUCCCUGUAAUAUCGAGAACAACUGUUCACCCAAUGCGGUCUGCAACUUCGAUACGGACGAGGAGAAGUUCGUCUGUGUUUGUUUGCCGGACUUUGUUGGGGAUGGUUACACGUGCAAUCUGGACGGGGACGAAACCACAACGGAUGAACCACCGAAACCGCACUGCACGGAGGAGAUGUGUUCGUGCUCGAGGGGCUGGAAAUACCGAAAUAACGAAUGCGUGCGACAGGAAGAAAAGCCCGUUGACUGGGAUCGGGAUUUAUCGGCACGACCAAUCCCGGAAUGCUACGAAGACGGCUGCAUAUGUCCCUGGGGAUACGAUUACGACCAUUUCGAGGAGAUUUGCACGCCUAUACCAGGAUACAACCACGAAACGAUGGGUCCAUCAGGAGUUCACUUAUCGUGCAACGUGGUGAACAGGUGUCAUCCCUACGCCCAGUGUGUCUACGUAACGAGCACCGCCGAUUACGAGUGUCGUUGCAACCCGGGUUACGAGGGUGACGGUAUGGAGUGCACGAAAACAGAGGUGUCCUGCUUGGAGGUGGACAUCUGCGACCCCAACGCCUCCUGCCAACACGAGGAACCCUUGGCCAAGUGCGUCUGCAACCCUGGAUUCGAAGGAGACGGAACCACUUGCAGCCCCAUCGACGAAUGCAGCGGUAACCAGGACUGCCUGGAGAACGAACGGUGCUCGUACAACCCAGCGAACUCGCGAUACGAGUGCACCUGCAAUCCUGGCUUCGGCAUGGUGGAUGGACGUUGCGUGGUGUCUGAUUGUUCGACGAAUCCUUCGCAGUGCCACGUGAACGCGCAGUGCGUAUCGGCCGGUGACGGGGGGUACAAGUGCGUCUGCAUCGAGGGAUACAACGGUGACGGGAUACAGCAGUGCUUGGAGGACCACAUCGGCUGCAACGUGUUGAAUAAUUGCGGCAGAAACGCGGUCUGCGAAUACAAUCAGACGUCCGCGAAUUUCGCUUGCAUCUGUCAGCCGGGCUAUUACGGGGAUGGUUUGACGUGUCUACCUCAGUUGUCCUGCAGACACAACCCGACCCUUUGCUCGCCGGACGCGACCUGCGUGGCAGCUGGCAGCAAUCAAUUCGCUUGCGUAUGCAACGAAGGUUACACCGGAGAUGGGAACAACUGUAAACCCCGACCGAAACACGAAGCAAACUUCCUGCUGGUGAACCAAGGAAUGGCCACCCUGAGGAUUCCGUUCACGGUUACACACGACAAUCCCGGCAGUCCGAUUUACAUCGAGUACUCGCAGAUGGCAAUAGCGAUCGACAUCGACUGCACCAACGGCAAAGCUUACUCGAGCGACAUCACGGGUAAUCGAAUAAUCGAGCUGGCUUACAACGGAUCGAUGGCGGACACGUUCCUGCGGAAAGUCAGCAGCCCCGAGGGACUGGCGGUCGAUUGGGUCUCGAGAAAUAUUUUCUGGACCGAUUCGAGCAAGACGACCGUCGAGGUUGCCAAUCUCGAGACGAAAAAACGUAAGGUACUCGUUUCCGACGGACUGGUCAAUCCUAGGGGAAUAGCAGUCCACCCCUAUCGCGGCAAGAUAUUCUGGUCCGACUGGAAUCGCGCGUCGCCGAAAUUGGAGUGGGCCAACGAGGACGGCAGUGGUCGGGCAAUCUUCCUGCAAGGAGAUUUCGUAAAAUUACCGAAUUCGUUGAGCAUCGAUUGGGCAACGGAUGAGCUGUGCUGGGCGGACGCUGGAACGUUCACGAUAAGUUGCAUGGAGAUCGAUAGCAGAGAGAUUAACGUGGUUACCAACGAGUUGACUUAUCCGUUCGGUCUGGCGAUCUCCCAUCAGAAUUAUUACUGGACCGACUGGAAGACGCAUAAGAUCGAAGUCGCCAUGAAGAGCAGCGGGGACAGGAAGCCGGCCAUAUCGGUUCCACCGGGAGGAAGCGGUAAAUUAUAUGGAAUAGUCGUCGUUCCUGAGUCAUGCCCGCGAGUGACCAACGUGUGUCAGUACGAGAACGGAAGGUGUAGCACGGAUCAACUGUGCUUACCGGAUGGUCAAGGUGGCAGGACGUGCGUGUGCGCGGACGACGCGACAGGACCUUGCACCGACGCUCACUAGAUUAAGCUACAAAGACACGAGCGGUCGAAACCAAGAAUUCGGCUCGUGCCAAUCGCGUGUAAAUUAUAAUAUUACUCUUUGUAUGAUUAGUUUACGUUUUCGAGUAACACUUUUGUAUCUAAUACAGGGACCGCGGCGUGAGAAGCUGGCUGUAUUGUACCACGGUCCCCUGACGCGUUAUUUAAUAAAAACUUAAGAAACAAUAAAACUUAAUUACGCUUCA